GCCCGGAAAGUGCAUGGUGCCCGGCGCCGCGGCUGCCCGUCAGGAGGACAUCGGGGUGGGGUCGGCUGAGCCCAGCUCCUCGUAGCCUCCGCCUCUCCAGUAAUCGCCCUCGCAGACUGCCGCGGGGUCCCCGCGCCCCGGCCCACCAUGUCCCGGCUUCUGCCGCUGCUGAGGAGCCGGACCGCGCGCAGCCUGAGGCCGGGCCCGGCCGCCGCCGCCGCACCCCGCCCGCCGUCCUGGUGCUGCUGCGGCCGGGGGCUGCUGGCGCUCGCGUUCCCUGGGGGCUCCCCCGGCGGCCUCCGGGGGCUGGGCACCCACCCCAAGAAGGAGCCCAUGGAGGCGCUGAACACGGCGCAGGGCGCGCGCGACUUCAUCUACAGCCUGCACUCCACGGAGAGGAGCUGCCUGCUCAAGGAGCUGCACCGCUUCGAGUCCAUCGCCAUCGCCCAAGCAUGCAGAUUUCCCAAGCCUGAGAUUGCCAUUGUGACGAAAGCGAAGGAUGUGCCCUCAGCAGAGACCCCUGGUAGCGUUGAAAAAUUGGAAGCUGCACCACCUACCCCAGGACAGCUGAGAUAUGUAUUCAUCCACAAUGCGAUACCUUUCGUAGGGUUUGGCUUUUUGGAUAAUGCAAUUAUGAUUGUUGCAGGAACCCAUAUUGAGAUGUCUAUUGGAAUUAUUUUGGGAAUUUCAACUAUGGCAGCUGCUGCUUUGGGAAAUCUUGUGUCAGAUUUAGCUGGACUUGGACUUGCAGGCUACGUUGAAGCUUUGGCCUCCAGGUUAGGCCUGUCAAUUCCCGAUCUCACGCCAAAGCAAGUUGACAUGUGGCAAACACGUGUUAGUACACAUUUGGGCAAAGCUGUUGGGGUGACUAUUGGCUGCAUUCUAGGAAUGUUUCCUUUGAUUUUCUUGGGAGUAGGUGAAGAAGAUGAAAAACUGGAAAAGAAAAAUUAACCCUCUUAGAGUACCUAUAAAAAGAUGUAAACUAAUGUACCUCAAUUAUUAAAUAUUCUGUCACAACAUUUAGGAAUUAAGAAGUAACAGUGUAUAGACAUGGGAUCAAAUAAUUGAGCAUGUAUUAUGGAAAACACUAACUUAUUGUGGCUUGGUUUUCAUAGGACAUCUUUUUUAAAAAAACUGUUUAGUAUCAUUUUGUGUAAAUUGUUGAAAUGCUUUUUUCAUCAGUGGCAGUCAACAUUUUACCUUUUCCUUCUCUUUCUUUAUAUAUCAAAAUAUCAUUUAAGUAUUAAUCAUUGGUGUACUGUACAGACUUGGGUUUGCUUAUUUGUUACUUAACAUGUGUACAUGCACGAAACCAUUUUCUGUUGUUCCCUGUAGUUACAAAUUAAUCUGACAAUUUUUCCAAAUUACUUAAGAUGUUUAAUAUCAGUUGAAGAUUUUUUUUACCCUCUUUUUGGCAACAUCAGUUUUAUACUAUUUCAAAGUAAACAUUCACAAUUAUAU